ACAGAGAGAUAGAGACAGAGAGAACGAUCACAAUCCAAGGUCCAGAUCUUCCGGCGAACGACCACCGUCUGCGGCGGCCCGGAAAACUUUAAAGCUCGAGUUAUUCGCCGGCGAUCGCGACGAUGAGUUCGCAGCAUCGCCAGCGUAAAGGCGCGAUUAAGGUUUCGGAAAACGGAACUGAGUCAGCGAAGACGACGAUGCAGACGAAGAGGCCGAGAUUGGUGAAGUACGAGGAGUUGCCGGAGUAUUUGAAGGACAACGAGUUUAUUUUAGACCAUUACCGGUGCGAAUGGCCGUUGAAGGACUUGCUCCUCAGCCUCUUCUCUCUCCACAACGAGACCUUCAAUAUUUGGACGCAUUUGUUAGGAUUCCUGUUAUUCGCCGGAUUGACGGCGGUGAGCUUGACAGGGAAGACGGAGCUCGCAGGUCCUCUCAGUAAAUUCUCAAGUGGAUCGGUUCUUUUUCCGUUGAUGAUGAUGAGAACGACGACGGAACUCAACGUCUCAAGUAACGUAAUUCAGGUGCGUUUUGUCGUUUCUCUUAUUUUGUUUUUCAAAAAGGGCAUAAAUCGGAGUCAGAAAACUCAGACUUGUUUGCCUGUGGGCCCGCCGAAAAAUGUACCUUUUUAUGCGCGAGUGAUCAAGAUGACGUUAGGACCAGACUUUUUGCAACUUGUUGGUUUGGACGGUGACGAUUAUAUAUGCGUCUAAUCAAUCACAGACACGCUAGAGCUGACAACCG